GAGCUCGGCUUGAAGUUGGAGACGAUAGUGUCAAGAUGAAGACUUCCGUUUUAUUCCUCGUCCUCCUGGUGGUGCUGUCGGCGGUCCUCAGCGCCGCCAACCCUGCCGCUGAUCCCUUCAAGAAAAAAGGCUACAAAAAGCAGGGGUACAGGCCUAGGCCUGUUGCUAGGCCUGUGGUUUAUCGCCCUGUCUAUGUUGUGCAGAAACCGGUGCAGCCAAGCUACGGACACCAGCCAAGCUACGGACACCAGCCAAGCUACGGACACCAGCCAAGCUACGGACACCAGCCAAGCUACGGACACCAGCCAAGCUACGGACAUCAGUCAAGCUACGGACACGGCUGGUAAAUUUUCUUGUUAGUGAUAUCCAUGAGGCUCCCCGGGCUCAUGGCUUCUCUAAAGGAACUGAGGAGUGAUCGGUUUCUGACACUUUAAGAGCACUACCUCCAUUUUCAAUUCAAACUCUGAGAGUCGCUGCCUACCUUUAGUUUAGAAGAUAAGGAAAUUUCAUGUUGAAAUCUCACUCCAUAGUAACGGAUUUAUUUCUCUUCAUCGUAUCAUUCUCACUCUUAGUACUUUUCGAUAUUUGUUCUGUAGUUCUGUAAUUAUGUAAAAUUGUAUUGUAAAUAAAAAUACAAAAUCGCACAUAUAUAAUGAUAUUUAGUACAAAUUAUUUUGCUGUUAUUGAUAAAAUCCGGCUUUAUAUCUCCAAAAUUAUAUACCUUGGCGAUCGACGUUACUAUAACUGUUUCACUAAAAUCAGUAGAUUUGAAAUGAGGAGGCCAGAACAGUGUUGACCAAAUAUAUGCUUUGUUUUCCACUGUACAUGUAUACAAAUACAGUUCUCCUCAAACGUACUGGA